CAAAGUCCAGGAAGAAUUGUUACACAUCGGGAUAACAACGAUAACAGUUUCUGCUGCAACAUCUACCGAGCAUUUUUGAGGAUUAAACGUCCUGCAACUCUGACCUGUCGCCAUGGCGGACAAAAGAGAUAAAGCUACCGAUCAAAUGAAGGCUUGGCAGGAGAGCAGGGGCUCGCAGAGGCCCGACACACUGACCACAGGGGCCGGGCCACCCAUAGGAGACAAGCUGAACCUGCAGACUGCGGGACCCAGGGGCCCCCUGCUGGUCCAGGAUGUGGUCUUCACAGACGAGAUGGCCCACUUUGACCGGGAACGGAUCCCAGAGAGGGUGGUGCAUGCCAAAGGGGGCGGGGCCUUCGGUUACUUUGAGGUGACUCACGACAUCUCUCGCUACUGCAAGGCCAAAGUGUUCGAGCAUGUCGGCAAGACUACACCGGUCGCUGUCCGCUUCUCCACUGUGGCUGGAGAAUCGGGAUCAGCGGACACAGUGCGAGACCCCCGAGGUUUUGCAGUCAAGUUUUACUCUGACGAGGGAAACUGGGACCUGACGGGCAACAACACCCCCAUCUUCUUCAUCAGGGACGCCCUGCUGUUCCCGUCCUUCAUCCAUUCCCAGAAACGUAAUCCCCAAACCCACAUGAAAGACCCCGACAUGGUGUGGGACUUCUGGAGCCUGAGGCCUGAGAGUCUGCAUCAGGUGUCUUUCUUGUUCAGCGACAGAGGGUUGCCUGAUGGAUUCCGUCACAUGAACGGCUACGGCUCACACACUUUCAAAAUGGUCAACGCCCAAGGAGAGCGUUUCUACUGCAAGUUCCACUUCAAGACCGAUCAAGGAAUAAAGAACAUGUCAGUGGAAGAGGCAGAGCGCCUGGCUGCCAGCAACCCAGAUUAUGCCAUCGGAGAUCUUUACAACGCCAUUGCUAAUGGCAACUUCCCGUCCUGGACCUUCCACAUCCAGAUCAUGACCUUCGAGGAGGCGGAGAACUUCAAGUUCAACCCCUUCGAUCUCACCAAGGUUUGGUCACAAAAAGAAUACCCUUUGAUUCCCGUGGGCAAAAUGGUCCUCAACAGGAACGCAGUCAACUACUUUGCCGAGAUCGAGCAGCUGGCCUUUGACCCCAGCAACAUGCCGCCUGGCAUCGAGGCGAGCCCCGACAAGAUGCUGCAGGGUCGUCUCUUCUCCUACCCAGACACACAUCGGCACCGCCUGGGAGCAAACUACCUGCAGCUCCCCGUCAACUGCCCCUUCAGGACACGCGUGGCCAACUACCAGCGCGACGGCCCCAUGUGCAUGUUUGACAACCAAGGUGGCGCUCCAAACUAUUUCCCCAACAGCUUCAGUGCCCCGGACACCCAGCCUCAGUUUGUGGAGUCCAAGUUCCAGGUGUCUCCAGAUGUGGCCCGCUACAACAGUGCAGAUGAAGAUAAUUACUCACAGGUUCGCACCUUCUACACCCAGGUGCUGAACGAAGAGGAGCGCCAGAGGCUUUGCCAGAACAUGGCAGGAGCCCUAAAGGGAGCACAGCUCUUCAUCCAAAAACGCCAGGUGGAGAACUUGAAGGCUGUAUAUCCAGACUAUGGCAACCGGGUUCAGAGCCUUCUCAACAAGUACAAUGCUGAGACCAAGAAGAACACACAAGUGCACGUCUACAGCCGUCCAGGAGCCUCAGCCAUCGCUGCAUCCUCCAAGAUGUGAAGCCCCCCCCCCCAUUUAUCUGCGAGCAAAUGCACUUGCGUGGUUGCCAACUGCUACUACCAGCAACAAUUUUGGCUUACUAACCGUGUAGUGUCAGGGUUGGGGUUAGUUUGGAUUUAAUUCAGUCAAACAGUUGAUUUUCUUUCAAAUACUUAAAGCUGGAAGGGGGCUUUUGAUCUCUGUGAGUUUAAUUUGUCUCGACUGAAAAGCCAUUUAAAAAAAACGAGAAAAAAAACCACUGGAUUUGUUUUUUCUGUUUAAUCCUGUUUCUACCAAAAGCAUGGCAAUUAUGACAUCUUGACUUUUAACACGUAAAAGGUCUUUAGAGUAAUUUGCAUUCUGAUUUGAUUGCGUUACAUCAAUUAACCCCAACUGCUGCUAAAAACCGUGAUGAUUGUUUGCUAUAAAUCCUCAGGUUGCGUGUGUACUAUUAUGUUGUAGUUCAAUUAUUAUCUUCAGCUUACAUCUAAAGUAAACAGACAUUCUCAAAAUGUUUUCUUUUGUAGUUAGUUUUCCAUUAAUAAUCAUGAAAAGCUAUAUUUUAUUUAGUAGAAACGGCUCUGGAAACCCUUUGUCAGUCCAACUAUUAAGCUAGUUUGCUUCUGGGCGUCUGCACUACUCAUAUAUGCAAUUCAUGAAGAGCAAGUAUCAAGAUGAGGAACUUAUUUACAUUACUGCUAAAUCAAUAGUGCCUUUUUUGUGUUAAAAACUACCCAAUACAGAUUAUUUUAACUUUAAACCAUAAGAAUUAGUUAUAAAUUGCUCUGUUUGAUAUUGAAGUUUAACAUUUAUUCAUCUGUAGCAAGAGAUUGUUCUUUAAUGCCGCCGUAAGAUGUUCAUUGGAGGUAAAUCUAAUCUGUUCUGAUCUAAAAUGGUAUUAAAAUGAACCACUGACCAAAAUGUC